UUAGAAAAACUUUAACUUAUAAAUGCUUCAGUUAAUUUGACCAGCUUGAUGAACUUUCCUUUAGAUGGAUUAUGGAGGAGGAACAGGUGUCACUUGCCAAAGAAAUCAAAGCAAUCGACAAAAAGUCAGUUCACAGAAUUUGUUCAGGGCAGGUUGUUCUAACUCUUGCCACAGCAGUCAAAGAGCUGGUGGAAAACAGCAUUGAUGCAGGGGCAACCAGUUUUGAAAUAAAACUGAAAGAUUAUGGACUGGAGUCGAUUGAAGUGAGUGAUAAUGGGAGUGGAGUGGAGGAGAGUAAUUUUGAGGGAUUAAGUAUGAACCUUUUUUUCCUCAGUAUGUUAUUUUCUAUAAGCGUUGUUUGUACACUUUACGAUGACACCAUCACUGAUGUUCUUUUGUUAGCUCUCAAGCACCAUACUUCUAAGCUUCAGGACUUCACUGAUCUUACCAAUGUUGCGACGUUUGGUUUUCGAGGGGAAGCUCUGAGCUCUCUUUGUGCCCUCAGCUCACUAACAAUUACAACAAGGCAUAGCGAUGCAAGUGUUGGUACAAAACUGGAAUUUAAUCACAAUGGAAAAAUAAAGGCUAAGUCUCCACAACCAAGACAGAGAGGAACGACAGUACUUCUACAGAGCCUGUUCUCUACGCUUCCUGUCAGACACAAGGAAUUCCAGAGAAAUGUCAAAAAGGAAUUCAAUAAAAUGAUUCAGGUGCUGAACUCUUACUGCAUUAUCAGUACUGGAGUCAGGAUUACCUGCUCUAAUCAAUCUAAGAAAGGAGGGUGGUCAACAGUGGUGUCUAGCAAUGGAAACCAAACCUUGAGGGAAAAUAUAGCAGAUGUUUUUGGUCCAAAACAGAUGCAGAGUCUUACAGAGUUUGUGACCUUUGACCCAAGUGACGAUGUCUUGGAUGAGUACAGUCUCAAGGUCAACAAGGACAUUGUAAACCGCUUCAGUAUUGGUGGCUAUGUUUCUAAGUGUAUACAUGGUGUGGGGAGGAGUGCUACAGACAGACAGUUCCUUUUCAUCAACAAACGGCCCUUUGAUUCAGCAAAGAUUACAAAAGUAAUAAAUGAAGUCUACCAUCAGUUCAAUCGUCACCAGUACCCAUUUGUGGCAAUUCAUAUCAACAUGGAUAAAGAAUCUGUUGAUGUGAAUGUUACACCAGACAAACGUCAGAUAUUUAUGGAAAAUGAAAAGAUUCUACUGGCUAUAAUUAAGACAUCUCUUCUGAGGAUGUAUGAACCCACUGUGUCCACCUAUCCUCUGUCUAUGAUCACUGAUAAACUGUUCCAGAAAAACUCAACCCCAGAGAAAAUCUACUCAGACUGUGAGAGAGAAGGAACAGACAAUCAGUGCAGUGGAACAAAAAAUCAGGUUUCAGCACUGAGUAACCUGAAGAGAAAGUUUUCAAGUGUAUUUGCCAAGACUGAGGCACUGGGAGCUACAUCCCCCUCAACUAAAGAGAGAAGUCCGGCCUCAAAACAGAGAAGGCUUGAUCACUUUGUUUUCAAAUCAUCUCCUAUGAAAGAAAUAAAGAAUGGAGUCAAAGAACUUGAUUCACAGUGGAAUAAAUCAGAAGAGGCUGUUAUCGUAUUGGAAGAGGAUGGUUAUAAGUCCCCAAAUUUCCUCACAAGGGAGCAUGGUAUGGAUCUUAUUAAGACAGAGAGUGGAGUUAUGGGCCCUGGAGGAGACUGUUAUAGGUCAGAUCUGAAAGUCAUGUUUCAUGAAUCAGAAAAUGUGAAUUCUGUCACCAACCAAUGCAGUGCAGAAGCUUCAUCAAAUUCUACAUCAGAGGAUGGAAUCUCAAACUGUAAUCUAUCGUGUUCAACUGACUCCCAAAGGGCAUAUGGAGAAGAGGAUCUUAUGUGUUCAAACAGCAGUAACCCUGCCAUUAAUGUUGAAAAUUACAUUGAGUCUUCCAUAGACAAUUCCAAAAUUAAUAUGUGUUCAAAUAAAACUAAUCAAAAUACCACUGAGUGUUCAGAUGAUAACUCCUUGUGUUCAAACCUUUAUUCUUAUAAUGUGAGAGAGGGUUCUGACAAAAGUCUCUGUGUUACCUCAAAUUGUUUUGAGGAUGUCCAGUUGCCUUCAGAGAGUACUUCUGGUGAUAUAAUCAAGUUUUCAAACAGAGACAGUGAUGAUACAGAUAUAAAGGUAUAUACCGUGUGUAAAUCCUCCAGUGUGUCCACAAACCAGCCAAAAAUCUCAUCUACCACAGACAGCAUCAAUCUGACAGUCACAAGUCUGGAUAUGAAAGAAUCUCUUUCCAGAAGAGAAACAUCUGUACCAUUCAGUUUCUUAAAGCUGAAAGAGAAAUUAAAAAGAACUUCAAAAGAAAAGACCACUGACAAUGAAAGCUGUAGGAGAUUCCGUGCGGUUAUCUCCCCUAACGAGAACCAGUCAGCAGAGGAGGAACUGCAGCGGGAAAUCUCAAAGAGCAUGUUCAGAGAAAUGGAAAUACUUGGACAGUUCAACCUUGGAUUCAUCAUAGUGAAGCUGAAUAAUGACCUGUUUAUUGUUGAUCAGCAUGCAACAGAUGAGAAGUACAAUUUCGAAAUGUUCCAGAGGCACACUGUUAUACAGAGUCAGAAGCUUAUACAACCCCAGAACCUGGAGUUGACAGCAAGCAAUGAAACUAUUCUGAUGGACAGCCUGGAGGUCUUCAAGAAAAAUGGAUUUGACUUUAUCAUUGAUGAAUGUGCUCCUCCUAUGCAGAGAGUAAAACUUACAUCAAUCCCCGUCAGCAGGAACUGGACAUUUGGCAAGGAGGACAUUGAAGAACUCAUCUUUAUGCUCUCCGACUCUCCUAAUGUUAUGUGUCGACCAUCCCGGGUUCGCCAAAUGUUUGCAUCUAGAGCUUGUAGAAAAUCUAUCAUGAUUGGCACUGCUUUAAAGAAAUCAGAAAUGAAAAGGCUUGUAUGUCAUAUGGGAGAAAUAGAUCAGCCCUGGAAUUGUCCUCAUGGCAGACCAACAAUGCGACAUCUCAUCAACUUAUGUAUGGUUCCAAGAUAACAAAAUCAGACUCAAGCCUGCACAUUGUAACAAACAAUAGACUUGAUCCUUCUAAGCAAGCAGCAGACAGGUUCUGGAGUGUUGCAAGAAAAAAGCGAACUUUUAUAUUUACAUGUAAUAAAUAGUACAUGUAUGACUGUAGAAAAAAAACUAAAUAAACAGACUCAGUACUGGUAACAUUUUCUGCCAUCCUGUUUUAUGUUUAAUUUUAAAUGAAGAAGUAAAUUCUG